UACACGAGGAUAGUGCAGGAUUGGUAAGGAGGAGGGAACGAGAGGAGAAGAAGCUAUCUGGCUUGGUCUGAGUCUCCUUGCACCAAGCUUUCGUUCUAGGAGUUUUGGAAUUUGACAGAGAUAAAGAAGUUCCUGCAAUUUCAAGCUCAAACCCCCUUCCUUAACAAGAACGAAUCAACGCCGGACACAACCCGCUAAAUCUCCACUUUUCAUCGGCACGAAGAUGUCGUCUUUCUUCAGGAAGAAGAAGCCCAUAAUCAUUCGAAGCCAGCACCACCAUCAACUUUUUUAUCAUGAGCAGAAGAAAAAGGGCAGCACCUACGAGUGCAGUGGGUGCCAACAACCGGGGUUCGGGCCCUAUUACUCGUGCAACGACGGCUGUAAUCUCUAUUAUCACCCGUGCUGCAGCAAACUUUUAAGUUCUGACUCCUCCUCGGCCGCUUCUGUCGGCAACUACCCUCCCUACCCGACUGGGGAUCUCGUGUUAAAGGAGACGGCACCGCGCAAAGUGCGGCGCUGCGUCGCGUGCGGCGACAGAGUCCGGAUGCUCAGGUACAAAUGGCGGCACAAGAAGGCGCACGGCUCGCGCAAUCCUUACUGGCGCCUCUACCAGCACCUAAUCAACCGUGCCUUCCACCCGCUCUGCGCGUCACUCCCGGCGCAGAUCCAAGAGAGUCGCGAACAUGGGAUCGUGCUGCAGCUCAUGAAAAGGAUCCAAGGCGAGUGCCUCAUAUGCAAGGGCAAUUCCAAGGCAUGGGCUUACAACAGUACCAUGGGGAACUACUGUUGCCACGUCGGGUGUAUGAAGGAGAAGAUUAUGCAGGGUCUGCAGCAGAAGGAAACUUCACGAAAGAGUAAAGUGACUAUCUACGUGAAAAAAGCGUUGCGGCUGAUUCUGGAAAUAGCAAAAGUGGCUCUUCAGCUCAUCGCCGGAGCCCUCUUCGGUUUCUCGUCAGCAGACAUCGGCCCGUCAGCAUACAUCGGCGACAUCAUCAUAGAGGUUUUUGAAUUAUGAUUACUUUACCUGCGCCUAAGUUCAGAAGGAUGCAGAUCUUUUAUUUUGCACGGUACUUUUCUCGAUGUUUCGCUAAAUCUCAACCAUUAAUAAAAUCAUUAUUUUCAUAGGACAAUGAAUGAAGUUUAUUGAGGUACCUGC